AUGGCAGUUUUGGUUGCCAACGUCAGCCGGGCAACCGCUAAUUUCGAGCCCUGCUUUGGAGUGGGGGUGGUGGAUGGAUUUGUGGAUGGUGGAUUUCCCUCACUUGAUGCCUCCAUUGUUGGCACAAAACCAUCUGUUCAACUUCUUAAUGGCUCCAGUGCUAUCCUACCCGGAGGAGAUACUCUUGUCGACCUGGACAUGUACUUUCAUAUCGGUAGCCGGUGUGUUGAUGGUCCCACUGUUGGCACAACACCAUCUGUUCUACUUAUUAACGGCUCCAGUGCUAUCCUACCUUGUCAGUACCAUCAUGAUGUAUAUGAGAUAUACUGGGUGCAGCAGAAUGGCCACGAACCGAGAGGGGACACUCUUGUCCACUUGGACAUUUACUUUGACACUGGUAAACGGAGUGGUAAGGGAGUUGACGAAGGGCGUUUCAACACCAGUGAUGACUUUUCUCUUUUAAUCGAGCCUGUCAUAAUACAAGAUUAUGGUCGAUAUUCCUGUAUCGUCUCUGAUAUAGCAUCGGGAAAUUCAUAUCAGAAUUACACUGAUGUCACUGUAUAUGUUUAUGCCAACACCACAAGCACGAAUUUCGUCACCAUCAAGCAAUGCGAAGACUUGACCAAUCUCAACCAAUCCACGGUUUUUCAAGAAAUACCAUGCAUCAACCCUAUCACCGACAACCAGACCGUUUUCCAACUGAACUGCUUGGUGUACGUGGCGAUGCCGGAGAUUUCUCUCUCUUGGACUACCAACGGAACCAACGUCGGGACGUACCUGACGUUUACGAUCGAAGAUCGAGAAGACGGGACGUUAGACCAAAUUCUGACGAUGACAGGGUCUGUGAAUGAGACUAAGAAUGGUACUGUCUUUACCUGUGUGGCUGAAGGAUUGUCUGUUGGUGGACUUGCAAACAGUUCAGUUAUAUUCUUCAAGACUGAACAUCAAUCAGAAGUUCCAAGUCAUGAGCCGACAGGCUCUACAAAUCUACUUGCACUAAAAAUCGCCCUACCGAUUGCGGUAGGAUUUGCAGCAACCGUUAUUGUGGGAUUUUUCGUCUGGAGAAAUCUGAGGCAUAAAAUACAGGAUCAAAGAAUACCCGACUCUGAAGAAGGUGAAGAACUCUGCGUAUGAAGAGGGAUGAAAGCAAUAUACAGGAAAAUUUCUUAAUUUCUUCACAAGCACAGAAGUUUUGAGAAAAUGUUGAGUGUAUAUUGUCAUUGCUCAAUCAUGUCUAUUAUAAUGUAUUUAUAAUCUCUUAGCUUAAUCAAAAUGUUUAUACAAUAAACCAGCUUUAACAAAAUUAGCUUGAAAUAUUAACAAUUAUGUACACAAUUUUAUGGAGAUAGUAAUCUUGAAAAAUAAACAGUUUGCACCUGUCGACAAUUUUUAUCAAAUUGAUAUUUGACUCCAUAUUGUAAAUACAGCUGCUCAUUUCGUUCACUUUC